AUGGGUUGCACUAACAGUUCUCAUACAGUGGAAGUUUAAAGAGAUGUCUUAGAAAAUGUGGCUACAGUCAAAAGAUAAGCAUCUUUCACAAUUGGAGAUAAAUAAGGCUGGGAAAACGAUAAUAUUGGCAAGCUUUAGACAAAUGGAUCAGAUAUCUCAAAGGACAAGGUCAAUAAUCAAAACAAUAACAGUUAAUAGAACCAAAGUACCACCAACGAUAAGCGCACUGAGAAUAAAAAAGCAAAUAAAAACGGGCCUGCCAAGACUCAUUAGCAAGAACUAUGGGAGCUUGGUGAUGGAUCACUCAAUGAAAGCCUGAACCCACCAGGAUAAAACAAUACUAUAAAUAGAAAUCAAGUCUAAAGAAACUAAAAUAGUAAUAAUCGCAGAGCCCAAGUUGAAGAUCAGCCUAUUCCAAUGGAUAAUAUAUCAAGAGACUUAAUGUUUUAUGACGAAAAUCUGUUUGUUGAGCAGGCUAUCAGUCAAAGUUUACAAGAUAGAAACGUCGUAAAUGAGGAUGCUGAAUUUGAGAAAAUGCUUUAAUAAGUUUUAAAGGAUUCAAAACAAGAACACGAUAUUAAGCAGAGAAAAGUGAAAGAGGAGGAAUUAUAAAUGAUAAGUAAGAUCCCUGAGCUUCGUCAGCAGAAGAUUGAACAGAUUUUGUCUCAAGCUGAAUAAUCUAAAAAUUCAAAACUCUAGCCUCUGCAACCUCUUAAAAAGGGAUAUUUAGCGCCAUUGCAAACUACAAAUAUGCCAUAGUAAAUUAGCAAGACCAAUAAUCUUAAGAUUACCAAGCCUACUGAUGACAUUACUAGAUCCUCUAUCAAUACAACAAAUGAAGCCUAGAUCAAAGCUGUUAGUACUCUACAAGCUAGUUGGGAUAAUGAAGUUCCCACUGCAUAAAACAAAAAUAAGCAGAAUUUUUAACCUGAGUUUACACAGACUAACUAACUAAAAACCGUAACUUAUGAUAACAAUAAGAAGAAAGAUAAAAAGUACAUCGGUUAUAAUGAGUCAUGGGCUCAUGAAGGUCUCAAAGAUAAUUUUGAUCUUGAUGGAUCUAUAGAUUUGGACCAGUUUUAACUAGAUAGUUAGAAACCAAAAACAAAAAAUCUAAUGGUAGGUAAUUCACUUAGUAAACCAUCUCUUCAAACUACAAUCACCCAGGAAGUUAACAUUCCAAGUGAUUUGAGGCAUGAAGAGCUUGAUCUCCUGACUGCAUAUGUAAUUCGAUAGCCAGAGGAAGAGUCAAGAAACCUCUAGAUGAGCUUUAUUUUCUUAAUUGGAAUAUUUCACAUUGUUUUUCUCUGGCUUUCAAUUAUCACAGAUAAGCAGCGAAAGUUAAAUUUUUGCAAUGCAUAUAUACUUAAGAAAUAGAAGGAAAACCUGAUGGAGAUUCUGGAAUUUUUCCCAGAUUGUCUUCUGAUACUUGACAAAAACAUAGAUGAUUCUUAAAUACUAUUCUAGAAUUAAAAAAUGCAGUAGUUCAUUCCUGUGUCAUAAUAACUUGUGUGGGACUAGCAGUUAAAUUUGUUUGUUAGUUCUUAGAACGAAGAGUAGAUUGAGCAUUCCCAAACUAUAUUUGAAACAGAGUCAGAUCUAAAAGAAACAUAACCAGGACUUUUGAAAGAUAUAAAUUUGCAGAUAGAUUAAUCUUAAAAAAAUGAUGACUAAAAAAAAACUUUAUUCAAAUUCUUAAAAACUUGCGUUUACUAAUAGGAUCGGAUAAAAGUACAAGAAAAUGCCAGCGAUUAAGUUGAGGAUAGCAGUGAGGGUAAUAUAAAAGUAUUUGAGCUCAAGCAAAAAGAAGUAAUAUUUGACAUGAGUUCAUGCAGAAUGUUGAUUCUCAGAGAUAUUUCUGAGCUAGUUAAAGGUGAAUACACUAGGUCUAUUUAAAAACUUACAGAAGUAAUGGUUGCUUCGACCUCUCAUGAUAUGAGAACUCCGCUCAACACUAUUAUAAACAUGCAUUAAUUAUUGGAGUUUAGAGUCAACGAGCCUGAUUUGAAAUAAUACCUAAAUAUUGCAAAGAAUUCAACUGAUUUGCUUAGAUAUUUAGUCAACGAUACUUUAGACUUCUUUCAAAUAAAAUCUGGAAAAUUCAAGAUAUAAAAAGUCAUGGUUAAAAUAAAAGACAUGAUAGAAAAAUGCUCAGAAUUAAUAUCAUUUCCAAUGCAACAAAAAAAGCUGUAAAGAAUAAUCCUGAUUGACCAAGAACUUUAAAAACAUAGCUUCAAGUUUGAUGAAUAAAGAAUAACAUAGGUCAUUGUCAACUUAUUAUCGAAUGCUUUGAAAUUUACCUAGAAAGGAUAUAUAAAAGUAUCAGUAAAAAAAAUUCAAGACUAUCCAAUAAAGAGACUAGUAAAAAGACAUAAAAAUCCAGCUAAUGUACAAAUAUCAGGUAAACUUCAAUCAAACUUGAGGCAUAAUAGUUCUAGUAGAUCUUAAUUUUUGAAUCAUCAAAUGGUUGCUUCUUAAAAUCUGAGAGUUAAUUAAGGCAAAGAAGACUAAUCUGAAAUAUUCACUUCAAAUGAGUACUUAUCAUAGAUGGAGGAAUAGUUUAUAAAACUUGUGCAGUUAAAAUUCGAAGUUGAAGAUUCUGGAAUUGGAAUAAAGGAUGAAGACUAAGGCAAAUUGUUCAAAAUGUUUGGAAAAAUUUCUCAUAGUGGAGACCUAAAUCCUCAUGGUAUUGGUCUAGGUUUGACAAUAUGCAACAAAAUUCUUUGCUAGCAUGGAAGCUAGCUUGAAGUUGAUAGUAAAUAUGGCGAAGGAACGAAAUUCUUUUUCUAUAUAGACAUUCAAUAAAUGGCUGAACAAAGUGAACUGGAGAAGUAAUUUUAUAGCACUUUUGAGGGCUAACAUCAGUUUCCUCUCAAGACUCAUGACUUUAUAUUGCAUAGAACGGAUUUUAAGGACUUAGAGAAAAUAACCCCAAAGUAAAAGGCAAAGAGAGGGUCUUGUGUAAAAGAAUUUGACCUAUUGAGCUCAUAAGAAAUAAAACACAAAACGAAAUUGAGAGUUCCAGAGUUCUUUGAAAACAAAGAAAAAUAUACUAAUAUCUAUGAGAUGUAAAGAGAAGUAGACGAAUAAUUUGAAGAUUUAAGCGACUACCCAAAUAAGAUAGCAAGUAAAAUUAAUAUUGAACGGAUAGAUAGCUUCCAAGAAGAGCUAAAGUUUGAGAGUCCAGAAGCAAAUUUAAAAUAGAAUAAGACUAUAUCAAUAAAUGAUCUAGAGAUAUAGUUUGAAACAUAAUAGCAAUAUAAGAAUGACUGCAACUUGACUAAACCGGUAGACCAGAAAAAGCUGAAAGAACUUCUAAUAAAAAUUGGUCUAAUGUCCCACCAAUGA